AUGGACAAUACUUCGGCGGCCCUCAAACAACAGCCUGUCAGCAAACGUGCGAGGAGUAGUCGAGAACUAGCAUAUUUUUUGCUUGAACAAUGUCAGAAACUACUCUCUGAGCUCUCAUCGUUCCAAUCGUACCUGGUAACGAUUGGGAAGCCACAUCUUGUCGAACUACGGCAGUUUAAAUCUAUCGUUCAGUCGGAACUGAAAUCGUUGCAGAGGUUGGCGGCAAAGGCAGAGGAGGCUGUUGCCCAAGAUGCAGAGGAGAAUGCCGGCAAAGCACAAGAAACUGGGGAAAUUGAGACACGAGGUGAAAAUAGAGAUCCUGAGGAAGAUGAAGACAGUGAGGAAGAAGGCCUGGGUCAGGCCGAGUUGAAAGUGCUACAUUCGUUACGGUCAUCGAAUUUCCCAUUCUACGCCAACGUAUGGGGAGUGGCAAAGACAACCUGCACCGGGAUUAUAUCAUUUAAUAAAAAGUUCUAUUUUUACCAGAACAACAAGAGACGUGCCCUGGAACACGGUUAUGAAGACCUGGCUGCAGACGUCGAGGAGCCGGAGAUUAAAGCCAACCCCGAGCCGAAAACGGGAAACCCUGACACAAAAAUGCACAAACGAGGGGUCUUGAUUGAUAUUGUAGCUGACAAUGGCGAGGAAUGGGUCAAAGUAUCAACAGUCACACCGAAUAGGCUGCUAUUUGAUCUUGCAAAACAGGGGUGGGAGAUUGGCCUGGAUUCGGACUCCGAUGACGACGACGACGAUGGGAGUAGAACCAGUUCUACACCUAAAAUGCACGCCUACGAUAGUGAAGACGACGAUGACAUGAUCGAAAUUCUAAAAUUGGCGGUUGACAUGAAGAAAGCUGCCGCUGAGGUGCGUGUAAGAUAUAGACACCCGCGCAUCAGGCUGGUCCUACCUAAGAUUGUGGAAGGACAGGUCGCCGAAAUUGAUAAGAUUAUCCGUAAAGUCCGUAAGGUCGGUGUUACUGUUGAAUGUGCUACGUCUGAAGCGCCCAGCUUCGAUUUCGUGGUAGAUAGCGAAGUACCCGUUGAUACUGCUAUUCAUGACCCGGCCGCUUUAUUCUCGUCCCUGCUCCCAAACCCUUUCCCACAUAUGACACCGAUCUUGAAUGUCGACUGCACCCUGCUACUGGCAUUUGUGUCCGACCUAUCGCACACGCGCGACCUCGAGUGCCUACCAUCCUAUCAUCCAGCAAUCAAUCGACAGAUAGAAUUUGAAGCACAGAAGCAGCUGCUACCCUCCGAGUUAUGGCCUGCCACAGGAGAUAGGGAUCUCGUCUGUACAAUGAGGGCAGCUAAGAGAAUGCAAGAGAUCGUUGACACAAUAGGAACGCCAAAAGAAAAGGAGCGAACAAAGCUCUUGAUGGGUGACACUGAUGUGUCAGACAGGAGUGUCCUGAUAUCUAAAUUCCAAGAGUUAUCUGAUUAUACAGUCCCUCUCGACUGGAAGCUUCCGAUUAAAGUGGUGGACUCCCAAGUCGAUAUCGAUCGGGGUUGGAAGGACGGUUCUCUUCCAUUUAUUGCUCGCCAUAUUGCCCAAAAGCUCAGCGACAUCAACAGAAGCGUGUUCCUUUAUGGAUGGGCGGCUGGGUUGACCACGAUAUCGAGCAACCGAACUGUCAUAAAACAGAUUGAAGGGUGGAUAGAGGAGCAACGCGGCGAUGAUGAUGAGGUUUGUGGCCCAACCGUCUGGGUCUGCGAUACUGCCCGCAGUUUGAUCGGCAAAGAUAGUAAUAGGGCCAUUUGA